ACAUUCACCCACACUCACCCAGGAAAGUGUUUGCCCAAUGCCCAUCCAAAGAAAAGAAAAUCCCAUCAAAAUUGCGUCUUCUUCCUCGGUCGCGUCGCACCCAAACCCCUCCGCUCACUCACCAUUCCCCACCCGCGAGGCGGUCCGUUCCCCGUCCGCGGCGGCGCCAGCCGUCUCUCUUCAUGCAUCCUCCACCUUCUUGCUCACAGGCUUCCCCGGCGGCCAAUGCCGCCUCCAAGAGCCCUAAUCCCCGCGCUCUUACCGCCGAUGAGGAUGACCCAGACCUGCCCCCACGGGAGGCGCCCCCGGGGAUCCCUGAACUGCUGCACCACCGGAACCGCGCGGGGGCGGCGGAGCGCCUCCCUGCCAUCCGCGCCAACCUCCGCCUCCUCCCCCCGCCCGCCGCCCCGGCCCCGUCCCCCGCGAGCGACGCCGGCCUCCGCGCGCUCGGCCUCCUCAGCUUCGUCCAUCUGGACCUCUCGCCUUCCCCAUCCUCCGGAGGCAUGCGCAGCGACCUCGUCACGGCGCUAAUUGCCAACUAUCUCCCCACACUUGAGUGGAGCUACGCACGAGGCGCCGGCUUCGAGAUCUCCCGCGGUACCUUUGCCGCCGCGCUCUGCCUCCCGGCCCCGCGAAGCACCGCGUCCGUCCAUCACGAGCCCCCGUCCGGCGUCGACCCCGCCGCCGUGGCCUCCGCCGCGUCGGAGUUCAUGGAGGCGUACAUCAUGACGCCGUUAGCGGCCACCAACAAGGGGAAGCUGCCCACCUAUGUCGAGUCAGCGGUGCGGAAGGUGAAGGAUGGGAUGGCGCAUACCGUCGACUGGACAGCUCUACUCUGGCGCCUUGUGGAGAAGGAGGUGUUCGAGCUGAGGAGGGGGAAGAGAACCGAUUGGGAGUGCUACUACGGCGCAUACCUGCACAGGCUCAUCUGGGUGCAGAGGCCGCACCUCUUCUGGCCACCGCCCGUCGCGCCAUCGGAGCAAGCGGCAUUGGUCGACAAGAAUCAGCAGCUCCGUUCAGAGUUGGAGUCCAAGAUGCAGGAGUAUGAGGUGAGGUCAGAGCUGCUUCAAGCGAGGUCUGUGGAGGUUGAGGCGAAAUCAAGGCAACUUGAUUCUCUAGCUGAGCGGCAUCAUCAUGAAAUGAGGAACCUCGAGCAAGAUAUGAAAAAGCAACUUGAUGCUCUAGCUGAGCGGCAUCGCCAUGACAUGAGGAACCUCGAGCAAGAGAAAAGGCAACUUGAUGCUCUAGCAGAGCGGCAUCACCAUGACAUGAGGAACCUCGAGCAAGAUAAGAAAACGCAACUUGAUUCUCUAGCAGAGCGGCAUCACCAUGACAUGAGGAACCUCGAGCAAGAUAAGAAAAGGCAACUUGAUGCUCUAGCUGAGCGGCAUCACCAUGAGAUGAGGAACCUCGAGCAAGAUAAGAAAAAGCAACUUGAUGCUCUAGCUGAACGGCAUCACCAUGACAUGAGGAACCUCGAGCAAGAUAACAAAACGCAACUUGAUUCUCUAGCUGCACAGUAUCACCAUGACAUGAGGAACCUCGAGCAAGAUAAGAAAAGGUUGCAGGAUGAGGUGCACACAGUCAAGCUGUUGAACCAGGUUCUGCUUUCCAAGGAAACAGAGAGCAAUGAUGAAGCACAGCGAGCUCUGGAAGAACUGGCUUAUGUGAGCAAGCAGCUAGAAGAGUUAAAGGAUGAGAUGCACGCAGUGGAGUCAUUUAACGAGGCUCUGGUUGAGAAUGAAAUAAAAGAAACUCUGAACUUCAACGAGAAGAGCAAGAGGUGAUAGAUGUGAGAAAGCAGCUAGCACAUUUACAGGAGGAGAUGCACGCCAUUGAACUGCUCAACCAGGUCAUGGAUGCCAAGGGAAAAGAAAACAAUGAUGAAUUGCAAAGGGUACGGAACGAGCUAGCACAUGUAAGCAAGCGACUAGCGGAUUUACAAGACGAGAUGUCCAUAAUGGAUUCAGUCAACAAAGCUCUAAUAGUUGCCAAGGAAAGAGAAAGCAAAGACGAGUUGCAAGAUAUCCGGAAAAAAUGAAAGAUCUAAGCGAUGAGCGUGAAGGGCUAGAGUCAGACAACAAGGUUCUGACAACCAAGGAAAAAAGAAGCAACGACGAGCUGCAAGACGCCCGGAAAGCGCUAAUAGAUAUCUUGCAGAAUUUUAACUCGAAUGGACAAGCACACAUACGUGUUAAAAGAAUGGGCGAGCUUGACCCGAAACAAUUUGCAAACGCUUGCAAACGGGAUUUAUUGCAAGAGGAUGCACAAGUUGAUUCUGCUCUCCUUUGUUCGAAAUGGGAAGCUCGAAUUGCAGACCCAAACUGGCACCCUUUCGAGGUCCGCAUGAUUGAUGGUAAAGCGAAGGAAAUUCUGCUAGAGGAUGAUGUUAAGCUUCAGGAGUUAAAAGGGCACGGUGAAGAAAUAUACGCUUUAGUAAUGAAGGCGCUGUUUGAAAUUAACGAGUACAACCCCAGUGGCCGUAUUCCUAUGCCGGAGCUGUGGAACUACAAGGAUGAUCGGAGAGCAACACUGGAAGAAGCCAUCAAGUAUAUCCUGAAAUCACGCAAGAGGAAGCGCUGAGCCCAUGUAGCUGCAGGCUCCAUGUGCUCCCUUUGGCUUCCUUGAACUAGACAUAACGUGAUCUUAGUGUAGUCGAUUAGUGAGGUCUUCGUAGUGCUUUGCUUGUUCUGUCAUGCAACUAACCGUGAUCGCCUUUUGGUUUGAUACGGUUUACCACUUCAGUAGUUAGUUAGAUUUUUCUAUUGUGGUACCAUUUACAUGGACACUAGUACUAAUCCUAGUUCUUAGAUUGCAGAGUACCCCUUAUAUCUUUGUAUAUGUGCAGCUCCUGCCCAUGGAAAUCAUGUAGAAUGGUA